AUGAGAUUACUUUCUGCAUUGGAAAACUUUUUCUGGCAAAGAUCAAAGAACGAUUAUCAUCCGGGAUUUAUCGUGUCAGUUCUGCUGAACAAGCCGAUUCCAGAUGACGUGUUGGCUGAAGCAAUACGACUCACAGGUGAAGACUUCCCAGUCCUCUUUCAGCAAAUAGAAGAAACAAAUAGCGAUUCUCUCCCUGUUAUCGUCCCUAUCCGCAAGACAUUGGUAACAGAAGAUGUCAUUAGACAUGUCGAUGAUGAUGAAUGUAAUCAUCUUUUCCAAAACUAUAAAAUGAAAGCUACAGAUGACCAAUGUUCAUGGGUUGUUUUUGUUAAAGAGAAUCGCUUGAGUUUGAUGGCUGACCAUACUCUAUUUGAUGGUAUGUCUUCCUAUAAUGUUUUGAAUUCCAUCAUUAAGUAUGCCAACAAAGGGGUUAGAAGCACAAAUGGUUUGAUUUACAAUGCUAAUGCACCUUUACUGCCACCGCAACAUCCUUAUGAUGAGCUAGAAACUAAUAUGAUGGGAAAUAUCAAAGCUAAAAUUGCGCCCUUUUGGAUCCAAUACGUUUCCCCAUUGGUGUCUAAAGUUCUUCCAACACAGAAUUUCAACUUCCCUGAGUUCGACCUACAAAAGCAUUUAUAUGAUGAGGCCGGAAAGUUGAAACAAGAUAACUGCUAUUACAGUUGGAAUAUUCCUCCAAAAGACUUGAAAACUGUACUCCAAAGCUGUCGAGACCAUAACGUUACGUUAAGCGUAUGGAUCUGCGCCAGGGUUACCGAACAGCUGUCGAAGGCUAGUGAUUCAACAGCAGGAAAUCUCAUUAACAUACAGAUUCCGAUGAAUAUGAGACCAUACCUCAUGAGAGUUCUACACAAAAAUUCAAACUCAAUUGCUGUCGGAAACUAUGUCUCGGUUUCCGCCUGUACAGUUGAUAUUUCUAAAGAUGAAUUGGAACAAUGGUCACUGGCACAAAAUAUUCAAGAACAACUAGAAAAAUCCAAAAGUGAUCCCGCAGCUGCGAUCGAGUAUAUUAAAUUGCUUAAGCAGGUCAAUGUAGCGAAAUUUCUUAAGUCGAAAUAUGCUGCAACCAUUCCGGAGACUGCGUUCGAGUUAUCAAAUUUAGGUGUCUUGGAUCCAUCUUCUGCUAAUGAUGAAUAUCAGUUACUUAAUGCUCAGUUCCACCAACCAAAAUUUGUAUCAAGUAUACUAUGCUGUUCGUCAAUUUCUACCAGAUUGGGUGGUCUUACAGUCAAUAUUUCAUAUCCUCCAACCCUUGACAAAGUUUUAAGACCAUUGUUUGAGGAUUUAUAG